UCGACCACCAUCGACGCCGACAACGUCCAGCACCCACUGCACCAACCCACCCACCAGCAGCACUCGCCAUGCGCUUCUCGCCAUCUGUCGGUGCGGCCACGGCCCUUGUCCUCGCCGCCUCGGCACGCGCAUUCCGCGACUCGUCGCCCCUCUUCGUUUGGUCCUCUACACCUAACGACGCAUUGCUAGAGGCCGCCAACGAGGUCAGCUCGGGUGUCAUCAAUGCCGACUCGGUGUUCAACACGCUCAAGACGAUCGGCUGUGACUGGGACGCCAUUGUCGUCGCGCACCAGGACGAGCUGCACCAGUCCCACAUUGAGAAGAUCAGCCUCCCCUACGCGCCGGCCCACGCCGACCUGCACAUUCCCUACCUCAUCCGCCCAACACGCGAGGGACUCGACGAGGCCGUCACCUCGUGGGCGGCCGAGUGCGGCGCCGAGCUCAUUGACGAGUACAAGCGGCCAGCGGACGGCGAGCGCGUCAUGGUCUACUUCAACGCCGAGCACGGCAGUGACGUCACCCUCCCCACCGACCUGCCCAAGCGCCACCUCGUCGUGGUCACGGGCACGCGUGACCUCAGCAAGCGCCAGAACGACGAGAAGCCCUUCAUGUCCGAGGCACCCACAUCUUCACACACCGCGACUCUGGCCGACGAGGCCGCCGCGCCGGGCAACGGAACCAAGCCGGGCCGCGACGAGACGGCCUACCUGACGACGCCCAUCAUUGUCGGCCUGCUCCUGUCGUUUGGUGUCCUCCUCCCCAUCCUCCUCGUCGGCAUCUCGCAGCUCGCAGCCAUCCAGGUGCCUCCGCGCAUGCUCGAGAUUAGCAAGACGCUCUCUGUGAACAAGGACCGCAAGGACCAAUAGGCGGCGAGUCGGCCGCGGUAGACUGUGCCGUCGUGCGGCGCAGUGGGCGUAUACUGGGCGCCCAGCGAGAAAUAGAUCACCAGUGGGAAAGGUUCAAGUGUAUACGAUGCGAUGUAGAUCGUAUGAUAUAGCUGGGGUGGGAA